AUGCAAGAAACGACAGGCGAUAUUGGCCAGGCUGGUCAAACUGAUCUGGGUCUGCCUUCUGCAGACUCCGUUCAGGUUGACCAUGCUAGCAUAGCGCCCAAGAUAAAGGAAGAGCCUGGCAGUCUCCCCCCCCUUGUCGUAGGCACCCGUCUCGAGGACUUCGAGGCAGAUGGCGGAUACCUUACAUCGCGCCCAGGCGGUCGUUUCUUGAACAGUCCCACAGACCUCGUGAAGCCCGAGCUCUACGGCAACACCCCACCUGAAAUGGUUAGCGUCUCUGCAAAGUAUCGCGAAAACUUCUUCUCUGAAGUGUUCAAUGACUGGUCGAGUGCUGCAGACGUCGAAGACAUGCCACUCAAGCCCAGAGACAGAGACAAAGACGAGACUCGCAUCAAUAUCGGCAGAUGGUCCCAAGAUCUGCCAGCGUCUAAGAACAAGAGAAAGAGAGAGGAGGACGGCGAAUCGCCUUCCAAAUGGCGCAGGAGGUAUGAGGUUCGACGUAAGCAUCAGCCAGCAUUCUUCGGGGUCAGCAUCGCCUCCGGCAAAGGAGAAGAAAAAGUCAGCUUUGACAUCAAAGAUGAUAGCAACCAGAUUGCCGCCGCCCAAUAUGUCGAGUGGAAUACCGAUGAGGACACUGAGGACCUCAAGCGCCGCGCUCUCGCGAGAUGGGAGCGCAGCGAGCGGGCCCGGAUUCGGGAGUCUAACCAGAAAAUAUCCUUAUAUGUGUAUUGUCUUUGA